AGCAGUUCACCCCAAGUGUAGACUCAGAUGAGGAAACAUGAAUAAGGUAUUUAUAAAAGGUAGGCUGGGGGAAGAUGAGGUGCAGGCCAGGGUAAACUCAGGUGGGUUUCAGGGAAACAAGAACUGAGGCAAGGGGAGCAGGGGCAGGGUAAGCAGGUCUUGAGCGGAAUCCAAGCAAGCAGUAGAGUGGGGGUCCAGAGAAAGAGAGAGAACGAGAGACAUAUUUUUUGAGAGACCCCCCCCCCCUGUCUGGCAAGUUAGGGACAUGGACAAAAGGUAGGGCAUUAAUCUACAGCAACAUAGGUUGGUAGAUUAUUCAUCAUUUGUGCAGAUACUAUCAGUGCUCACUUUUCAUGCCAUAGAGGUAUACAAUAUUUCAGUGUUCAUGGAUUUCCUUUGCUGCAUAAAAUGAAUAGAAUGGCGACUUGCAUGAACCACUCUAUGAACUACACAUGCACUGCAUUUCUUUCAUAAUUAAAAGUUUUGUGCCUCCUGCUGGACAACUAAAAUAAAUACUAAACCGCAAACCCGUUUCUGAAUCUAUGGCUUUCCGUACUGUUCCAGGAAGUAUUUUCCUAAAUUGUGGUAGACGGGCUCUGGUUGUGGGAAAAAGGUAGAGUCAAAGAGUAGCUAGAAGCUCUUUGGUAGAGUGGAAAAUAAUCAUCAGUAUUUUAGAACAGCAAAUAAAAUGUCGGGGGGACUUCGGCUAGAGAACGCAAAUCCCUUGAUUUUCCAACGUUCUGGCGUGAGACUUCUGACAGCAAAUGACGAAGACGAAGAUGUUGUGGACCCUAUCGACGACAGGGAAAUCUUUGAUCUCAUAAGGUCCAUCAACGACCCCGAGCACCCGCUUUCCCUCGAGGAGCUCAAUGUUGUGGAACAAGUGCGUGUGCGCGUAAACGACCAGGAGAACACCGUCGGGGUGGAGUUUACCCCCACCAUCCCACACUGCAGCAUGGCAACCCUUAUUGGCCUCUCGAUCAAAGUCAAACUGCUGCGCUCGCUACCAGAAAGGUUCAAGAUUGACGUUUGUAUCACUCCGGGGACCCACGCCUCAGAGGAAGCAGUCAACAAGCAGCUAGCAGAUAAGGAGAGAGUGGCUGCAGCUCUGGAAAAUGCCCAGCUUCUGGAGGUUGUCAACCAAUGUCUGUCCACCAGAACCCUGAAUGCUUAAGGUCCUGGUAAUAUUAGCAAAUCCUUGUCCACCAGUGCUGCCCGAACAACCCGAACAACCAAUCUGCUCAGAGCAAUGAUAGACAAUAUCUGACAUCUCUAUGAACAGUUUUCUGAAGCACUUUCUACUUGUGACUAGUACUUCUGAUCUAGUAGACAGCAAGUAGUCCUGAGAAUGUCAUACAGUCUACUUCGUAAAUCAGCCAGUCACAGAGUAUAUUCUGAUUGUGUCUUUUAAAUGGAACAUUUGUAAUUACAGCUGAUGCAUACUUGUAUGCAUUGCAGUUUUAGCUGCAAUAUUUCAUAUAAUUUUGCUGACAUUAAAUGCUUAAUGUUAUGAAUUGUGCAUUGUGAAUAAAUACAUUUAAAUAUG